AUGGAAACAACGCGCAACACCAAUCCGUUUUCCCGUGGUAUCCAGAGGAAACGAAGGAAACAAAUAAAGACAAAGAGCAAGGAAAAUGGUCACUGGGAACGUUGUAUGUUUAAAGUAGUGCGCAAGAAUCGAUACUGUAAUAUUUCCAGAGUACCAGGCUCGCUGUUCUGUGGCAAUCAUUUACCUGAUAAUAAUACAGUUAUGAGUCAAAAGUCGCAAAAGUUUAAGGUUGCAACAAGACGUCGAGUACCGUGUCCUGUGGAUGGGUCCCAUACUGUUUACGAGUACGAUCUGGCCAAGCAUGUACUCGUCUGUAAUCGAGUCAAGGAUGCCAAUAUCAUGAAGAGAUUGCCAUACUAUAGUCACAAUAUCAAUUCUGGUACUCAUUGUGCAAGUGGAGAAGAUUGUAAUGUGGGAGUGAAUGGUGCAAUGGAACACGAGAGGGUUACUGAAAAUGAGGGAGAGAACGAGCAUUUGGUACCAUCAGUACAGGAACAACAAAGCAUUAUUGACAAGUUACUUGCUAUUGACUUUUCAGACUUACGUAGACGUAUUGAAACGGUGUACGAGUCUUAUGUUGGUGAACUAGCGUUGGAGAAGCUUCAUCAUAAGUGCUGCGACCAACUUUUGGAAAAAAAGAAGAAGGCAGGUGCAUCGAGGAGCUUGUUGCGACAUAUUGAACAGCAGACAUCAAUUAUUGGGCACAUGGAGAAAGUAAACCUGCUGCAAAACUCAAAUGCAGCGUUUGUGGAGCUUGGUGCUGGAAGAGGAAUGCUGUCAUUAGCCCUGGCUCAUAUCUUCCCGGCAAGUCUGUACGUGUUGAUUGAUCGAGCGCAUACGCGAGGCAAAGCUGAUAGAUUUAUUGGCGGUGACAGCAAUAGUGAGGAAGUUGCACAGGUAAACUCUACUACACUGCGUGCAAAGAUUGAUAUUCGCCACCUGAACUUUGCUGGUAUGGCAGAAAUUCUGAACAAACCCAUCGUGUGUAUGUCCAAACAUCUGUGCGGGGUAGCCACUGACUUAUCUCUACGGGCUAUCACACAAACAAUUCCUGAGACGAACAAUGCCAAAGUUCCUGCAACUGAAAGCAAACUUACUUCAGUCAGCUCUAGCUUCCAGGGGUUGGCGAUUGCACUUUGCUGUCAUCAUGUCUGUGCGUGGGAAGACUACGUGAACCCGGCGUUUUUUCUCGCUCACGGGUUUAAGGCUGACGAGUUUGAACUGCUUACGAGCAUGACGUCUUGGAGCACCUGCGGCAUGGGUCUCAAAGGUGAUGCAGUCGAGCACAUUCUUGGCAUCAGCAAAGACGAUCGUGCAAUUUUGGGACGAAAAUGCAAGCGCAUUAUAGAUGCCGGACGUGCGGCAUUUUUGGAGCAUUUCCACAUGAAGACGCGUCUUGUUUACUACUGUGACACUGACGACAGUCUCGAAAAUUGCUUGCUGCUAGCAUGGCGAUAA